AUGGUGGAGCUGCAUAAAGGGGGUGUGGGACAUGGGAGCACCCCGGGAAGUCUCCAAGGGGAUUUGCUCAAUGCCCUUUUCUCUCAAAAGCAGCAGUAUAAUGCUGCCGAAAUGGGAUACCGCUUCCCAAAGAGGGCAGAUCCCUGUCUGUUUCCUUGUUUAAAUGGAGGCCAGUGUGUACACCCAGAGACUUGUGACUGCAGUUUAUAUCAAGCCACUGGAACACGCUGUCAAACAGUUCCCAAUGCAGGGUUUGAGAGAGAGAUGACAUGUCGGGCAUGGGGCCAGUAUAACUUUGAGACAUUUGACGGCCUGUACUAUUUCUACCCUGGCAAGUGUACCUACACUCUGCUGCGGGACUGUGAGGACACGACCCAGUCCAACGUAGUCAUACAGGUUCACAAUGACCCAGGCUGCCAGUCAUCUCCAUACACCUGCACUCGCUCCAUUAGUCUCUUUCUGCCAUGGGAAGGCGAGGUCAGGUUGCACAGGACCAAUGUGACCUUCAAAGGCCAAAGUCUCCAGCUCCCAUACCACAUCCACGACAUUGAACUGGAGUACAUCUCCCAGUACGUCCUGGUCACCCAGCAGCAGGGCUUUACCUUGGCCUGGGACGGUCACAGUGGCUCUGUCUACAUCAAGCUCAGCCCAGAGUAUGUGGGCAGAACUUGUGGCAUGUGCGGCAACUUCAACGCCGAUGUUCAAGAUGACCUUAAGACUAGCUACGACGUGCUGACUCAGGACCUGGCCAUGUUUGGGAACAGCUGGGUGGAGGAGGAGCCUCAACAGGCCAGGUGUGCCCCAGUGCCCUCCAUGUUUCUCUCGCCCUGCGCUUCACAGGAUUCCCACACCAUGCUGAAAGUAGAGGAGGUGUGCGCCAUGUUGCUGGAGGAGCCUUUCAAGACCUGCCAUGAGUUUGUCAGUCCGAUGUCUUACAUGUCCAGCUGCUCCAAUGACCUCUGCCAGUCGGGUCCCAAUGGGGAUGUGGUAUGCCAGGUGUUUACUGAGUAUGCCCGUGCUUGUGCCCAUGCUGACCACCCACUGCACCGUUGGCGGGCACACAUACCGCAGUGUGCGGUGCAGUGUUCUCCUGAGCUGCAGUACAAGGAGUGCAUCACCUGCUGCCCGGUAUCCUGUAACAUGGACCGGAUGUGCAUCGACAGCAAACUGCCAUGUCUGGAUGGCUGUUACUGUCCCGAUGAUCUGAUCUAUGAGGACGGGAGCUGUGUGAAGCCCUCAGACUGCCCCUGCGAGUACCACGGCAUGGUCUACCCAUCUGGACAGACUGUUCAGGAGGAAUGCAACAACUGCACAUGCAUGGGGGGAGUGUGGAACUGCACCGACCACAGCUGCCCAGGAGAGUGCUCUGUUACUGGGGAUAUGUACUUCCAGUCAUUCGAUGGUCGGACGUACAGCUUCCCAGCAUCGUGCCAGUAUGUCCUGGCAAAGAGUCGUAACUCAGGGAAGUUCACUGUCACCAUACAGAAUGCACCCUGUGGACCUAAUUUGGAUGGAGCCUGCAUCCAAUCAGUUAGCCUGGUCAUUGACGAGGAUCCGAGAACAGAGAUCACAAUGAGCCACCUCGGAGAGGUCUUCAUGGCGGGCCAGUACCGCAUCUCCCUGCCCUAUUCAGAUGACGUGUUCCACAUCCAGGAGCUGUCCUCCAUGUUCCUGCAGGUGAGGACGUCCCCCGGGUUGCGACUUCAGUACGGCUGGCGCGAGUUCCGCCUCUACCUGCAGGUCGACGAGCUGUGGAAGGAGGACACGGUCGGCCUGUGUGGCACUUUCAAUGGCAACAUUCAGGACGACUUUCUGUCUCCAUCGGGGAUGAUAGAAAGCACCCCAUUGCUGUUUGGGAACGCCUGGAGAGUUUCGUCAGCCUGUGCUCCCAUCCACAGCCUGCCCCAGCUCGAUCCGUGUGACACGCACCAGCAAACAGCGUCCUACGCCACAGAGAUGUGCGAUGUGCUCAACCAGGAGCUGUUCGCCACGUGCCACGAAUACCUCAGCCCCAUACCGUUCCACCGUCAGUGCCGGGCCGACACGUGCAAGUGUGGCGCGCCCUGUCUGUGCUCCGCUCUGGCCCACUAUGCACGCCACUGCCGCAAGUACCACAUCAUUGUGAGGUUCCGAGCACACGUGCCGGAUUGCGCCAUCCAGUGUCCUGAGACUAUGGAGUAUGGGACGUGUGUGUCAUCAUGCCAGCGCCGUUGCUCUGCCCUUGCCGUACCACAGCACUGUGGGCAGGAGUGUGAGGAGGGGUGUGUCUGUCCGGAGGGCACCUUCUACAGCACCCGCACACACACCUGUGUACCCAGGAGCGAGUGUCCCUGCAGUUUCUUGGGGGCAGACUAUGCACCAGGUGACGUGAUCAUGACCUCAGCAGGUGUACAGGUUUGUCAGGAUGGCAAGCUGAUUUUGCAAAGCUCCGAGAGCGACAAGCUAUGCCCAUUAGGUCAGAUGUACCUGGACUGCUCUGAGGGCAUGGACAGAGGCCUGGCUUGUGAACAAACCUGCGAAUCCUUCCUCCUUAACCUCACCUGCUCAACACACGAGCCCUGUGUACCUGGUUGUGUUUGUCCACCUGGGAUGCUCAAACAUGGCGACGAGUGCUUUGAACCCGAUGCAUGUCCCUGUCUUUGGAAGGGGAAAGAGUAUUACCCAGGAGACAGAGUCAUCUCCCCCUGUUAUCAAUGCAUUUGCCAGCAUGGGACCUUCCAAUGUGUGUUUCGACCGUGUCCGUCCAUGUGCACCGCCUAUGGAGAUCGUCACUACAGGACAUUUGACGGUCUGCUGUUUGACUACGUUGGAGCGUGUAAAGUUUAUUUAGUAAAGAGCACUGCUGAGGUGAUGUUGAGCGUGUCGGCUGAGAACGUGGACUGUUUUGACAGCGGCAUCAUCUGCAGAAAGUCUCUCGUCAUCAAUAUUGGAAGAUCUUUCAUUGCUUUUGAUGACGAAAGUGGCAAACCAAACCCCUCUAGUGUGAUUGACAGGAAACAGAGCGUCUUCAUUUGGCAUGCUGGGUACUUCACCAUGGUCCAUGUUCCCGAGGAGGACCUGACAGUGCUGUGGGAUCGUAAGACCACAGUCCACAUACAGGCUGGACCUCGCUGGCAGGGCAAACUGAGUGGGCUAUGUGGAAACUUUGACUUGAAGACAGUGAAUGAGAUGAGGACUCCAGAGAACAUCGACUCUCCUACGGCUCAGGAGUUUGGCAACAGCUGGACGGCAGCGGAGUGUGUGAACAGUCCUGACAUUAGACACCCCUGUAGUCUAAGUCCCCUGAGGGAGCCCUUUGCGAAGAGAAAGUGUGGGGUCCUGCUUAGUGAAGUCUUCCAACUCUGCCAUCCAGUGGUGGAUGUGACCUGGUUUUACAUGAACUGCCUGUCUGACACGUGUGGCUGCAGCCGCGGAGGAGACUGCGAGUGCUUCUGCACCAGCGUGACCGCCUACGCCCACCGCUGUUGUCACCAAGGGAUCACCAUUGACUGGCGCUCCCCGUCCAUGUGCCCCUUUGAUUGUGAAUUCUACAACAAAGUCCUAGGUAAAGGCCCCUACAUGCUGCUCACCUACUUGGAAAGGAACACAGUGCUGGCUGCCAACCGGUCCAGCGGGAUGGUUUUCCCUAAGAAACUAGCCUCCAUGGGUCCUGGGAUCCUGUCGGUCUUCAUGGUGACCCCUGGACUAAGUAGAUCCCGUCCGCACGACACGUCCCUGGUGUCGUUGGAGGUUUCUGAAAGGCCCAACUACUUUCUGCAUGUGGACCAGGAUGGCCGUCUUAGGGUGACCAAGUGGGAGGAGAGUGAGGCAUUCUGGGACCAGGCAACAUUCGUCCUCCACAGGGACACCUGGAUCACCGGUUACGAUUCGUUGGAGUCCUUCACCAAAACGGGCUUCUUCCUUCACUACAUGCUGUCCUGGGUUCAUCUCAUGAAAUAUAAACACACAGACAGCUUCCGCAAAGCCACUCUCUUCAAACUCACAGGCCCAGCUCCAGAUAUCCCUACUGGUCCUCGGUGCCAGUGGAGGUAUGAUUCGUGUGUCAGCCCCUGCUUCAAGACCUGCAGUGACCCCUCGGGUGGAGCAUGUGUCACUAUUCCAAAAGUGGAGGGAUGUCUUCCCAUGUGUCCUGCCCACAUGGUUCUGGAUGAGGUCACCCAGAGAUGUGUCCAUGUUGAAGACUGCAUUAAGCCUCCAGUUGCCGUGCAGCCCAUUACCACAACGGCAGCCAGCGUUGAGACAACACCUGCAGCUGUCAUUCCUAUCACUGCCACCACCACCCCGGCUAGCCCUAGCCUCUCCACAGAACAUUCUACCCCUUCCCCCACACCGGGACCCCUCACCACAGCCUCCACCCCAAUCCCUAUAACUACUUCUGGCAUGUCCCUCUCCACUGCAGCUACCACGACAGUCAGAUUCACCACUGCUACAUCCGCAGUGUAUACCCAGACCACAACUAUUAGUGUACCAACAACAGUUCCUGAAAAGGUGGUCCUACCAGACAGCACUUCAUCCAUUCCAGCCCCAGUGUCACACGUCAGUACAGUUGCCUCUCGAUCUCCUCCAACACUGCCCCCUACAGUCAGCCCAGAGGGCGUAAAGCCUGUUUCCACUGUAAAAACUACCACAGCUCCAACUACAGUUCCAAAAGUCACGACAGAGCAGAUUACGUCAGCUCCAAGCUCCACACUUGAGUCUACUGGUAUCAGCACAGUGAGGACGACACUUUCUCCUUUCCCCGUUAGUACUUUGUUAACCUCGUCCACCAGUCCCACUGCUUCCAAAGAAACACUCUACACCACCUCUACCACCACCUCCCCACCAUCCACUGUCAUGGUCCAGCCUAUGAGCUCCACUGAGGGGCCCACACUUAUCAGUACACUGCCCUCUGUCACAGUCUCUCCUCCCAGGGACACCACCAAAGCCACAACACGUUUAGUGGACUUGUCUCCCAUUUCAACCACCUCCAGCCUUCGUCCAACAGAAGUUUCAGACACGCUCAGAGAUACAGUCCGGACUACAUUACCCAUAGCCACCACUGGCGUCUACAAUGAGACCAGCACAAAGCUAGUCGUCACUGUGGAAACAGGAAAGACACCAACCACUGAAUCACUUCCUCCUGGUGUUACAAGUACAGUUGCUACUACAGAGUACUCUUCUUCACCAGCCUACCCAGUUCACACUGUACCUUUGUCUACACUAGAAGCCACUUCAGCACAAGCCACAGAAUCAACCACACCAGUUAUUGCCUUCACAACACUUAAAACAACACCAUUCACUGGUCCGACACCAACAACACUUUUCUCUGAGGUGACCACUGAGAAGACUGUGCACACAACCCCUACGGAGCUAAGAACUUCCACAAUGCCUAUACCUGAGCUACCAUCAAGUCCCUCUGUUGAUAUCUUACUUACAACAACAUCAACAAUUCCUACUCCACCCACCUCAGAACAGGCAGUCUCAACAGAGGAAAUGUCAUCAGUGUCCACGGCAAAAACGGUACCUGUACCUACAACCCAUAUCACCACGACAACAGCUGUUGUUCCACCAUUGAAGAUAACUGAUACAACAGUACCUUCUAGACCUACUUCGCAAGUCUAUACAGAGAGAACUUCCUGGUCGGUCAGUCUUCCAACUACGGAAAGAACUACAGAGACAACCCAAUUCGAGACCACAGCCGUAGACUGGGGAACGACCACAACCACCACCAGUGGUCCAAUUACUCAUACUACACUGACUGUCUCCCCCGAUAUUGCCCAUGUCACCACACAACCACCUAAGAUUCUACUACCAACUGACGAAUUUUCACCAUCUACCUCUACCAUGUCAACCUCAACAGAGGCUAUGGUUACAACAUCAACCACAUCCCUGGUGUCACCCGUAGAGACCACAACCGUGCUUUUUUCACCAGUAACUUCCAGUCCCAUUACUGCUAGUCCCACCACAGUAAAGACCACUGAACCUUGGAGGCCCCCUCAUCGUGAAACAUCCUCAACACCCGUAUAUAGCACUGAAAAGGUGACCACAGCAGAGGCUUCACCCAAACCUUUCACCCCUUUAGUCAUCUCCACAACCUCCUGGCCGAUCCCUCCCCAUCCCCCAUCCACUUCACCAUCCAUUACAAUGGCAACUUCUUCUGUCGCUACUACAACUUCAAUAUUGUCGAUGACAACUUCAAAAAUCUCAACCUUCCCAGAGCCUUCAUCCAUGGUGAUGUCAACAUCAACGAUUGAGAAACGAACAACACCGAAACCUCCGCAAGUGCUAACAACCCAGCUACUCGAAACACCAAGCAUCACAGUCCCCACCAGACCUGAACCACCAAGUACCUUAACCACAACCUUUGGACCAAUUACUUUUCAACCAUUAAAAGAUACCACACCAGUACCUCCAGUGACAGAAAGAGUGAAAGUGUCCACAACAGCCACAACAUCUCCACCUUCAACCAGGUCUCCUUUACUGUACACAACUUCCACUACAGUUCCAAGACCAACCACUCACCCAGAGAGGGUCACUACAAGAGUCAUCUCUACUACAAGGACUACAAUGGCACCAACAACAAGAAUUUCCCGGGUAACGACAACCAAGAUAACUUCCAGGGUUCCCGUCACAACACAGGUCACCCCUACAUCUUCAAAAACAGAAAGGUCUACUGUCAGGACAACUACAGACAGGGUCUCUUUGACUACAAGGUCUCCAGGAGAACCAACAAGUUCAACCACACCUGGCCCACCUACGGCACUUCCAAGUGAUACCUCAACUACAGUCUCGCAAGUUCCCAUCACCACUGCCCGAACAUCCACUAAAGUGGUUACCACUGCCAGCACCUCUGAGUAUGACCAUACAACCACUGUUCCAUCCGCAACAACCACAACUGCUGCUACUUCCAUUCCUGUACCUAGUCUGACCACAGUCACAGCCUCAACAGCGGUUCCCAUAGGAGUGACCACAAAACCCUCAACACCUACACAAAUACAUAUUACAUCCACAGAGAGUUCAAAGACCCCUCCUUAUGAUAAUCAAACAUUUACAGCUGGUGUCACUACCACAGAAGUCACACCCGAAGGGACUACAACUUCCACCAUCCUCACUUUGUCUCCGACUGCCACUCCCUCCUACACUCCAGAGCCCGAGAAAGUGGAGACCACCCCUGCAGAGCUGAGUCCCUCACCAGCACCAGAGUCCCCCUACACCACGGUGAAGACCACCCUGGCAGCAAAGAUCACAACUUCUAUGGUGGUGUCAUCCACCAGGGUCUGCACGCCUCCUUAUGCAGAGUUCAUUGAUGAGUGCACAAAGUACAUCUGUGUGAACGGCCAACUGGUGCUUUUCAACAAAUCCCAGAACUGCCCCUACAGCUCCACCCCUCCCAACUGCGGCCUUCUGGGCUUCGCCAUACUGGUCAAUGGGGACAAGUGCUGUCCACAGUGGGACUGCCCAUGUCGCUGCUCAGUCUUCCCAGACCUGAAUGUGAUCACCUUUGAUGGUAACAGUGUAGCCAUCUACAAGGCAGCCUCAUACAUUGUGACCCAGCUACCCAACGAGACUGUUAGCAUGCUGGUCCAAGAAUGCCCAAGCUCUGACUCUGAUACGCUCUUAUGGAAUUUCACCAACUUGUGCCUGGUGGCUCUGAACAUAACCCACCAGUCCAACCAUGUUAUCAUUAACAGGCUGCAAAGGAGGUUAUAUGUCAACUCAAGGUAUGCCAAGCCAAGGUUCAAGAAGUUUGGCUUUGAAAUCCUGGACACAGGCAACAUGUAUCUGAUCCGCACUCCAGCAGGCCUCAGGCUCCAGUGGUUCCACAGCACAGGCAUGAUGGUCAUUGAGACAGAGAGCUACAACAACAAACUGCUCACCAUGGGACUGUGUGGCUGCUGUGAUGGUAACCCUGCCAAUGACCUGAUGCUAUCCAAUGGCACCACGGUUGGUGAGAGCGAGGACCCGGGGGUGUUCAUCGACAGCUGGCAGGUGCCUAACACCACCAGCUAUGUCAGCCCCAGCCGUCGGCGUGAGGUCAACUGCUCCACCAGCGACUGCUCUCAGUGUCUGUCCAUGCUGAACAACCACUCCUUCAUGUCCUGCCAUGCUUUCGUUCCUCCCACCACAUUUUGCGAGAUGUGGGUGCGCGAUGCGGAGUACGUCAACAAUCCGUGUGUGGCACUAGCCGCCUACGUGGCCUCCUGUCACAAGUUUAACGUGUGCAUUGAGUGGAGGAGUCCUGACUACUGUCCAUUCAUCUGUCCGGAGGACCUGCGCUACCAGGCCUGCUUGCCUGCUUGCACAGCUCAGACCUGCUCUAACCAUGACUUUGAUUAUGACCCAGAGCAGUGCUCUGGCCUCACCGAGGGCUGUGUGUGCCCAGCGGGGACCCUUCUCCACCGACCGUACUCAGCCCUCUGCAUUCCUCCAGAGAAGUGCGCCUGCACGGACAGCUCUGGUCUGCCACGCGGUCACGGCGAGGUGUGGAAGGCCUCAAAAGACGGCUGCUGCAUGUACCGCUGUGACAACGACUCCAUCGUCCCUGUGGAGUACAACUGCUCCACCGUACCCAGUCCCCUGUGUCGGCGGACAGGGGAGAUGGUCAUCAGCCUGGCCGAUGACACCAGCUGCUGCCCGCAGAAGGCUUGCAUUUGUAACCAGUCCCUGUGUGAAGUCUUCCCCUUGGAGUGCAAGUACGGAGAGAAGCUGGUGUCCUACUUUCGAGAGGAUUCCUGCUGUCCUGAGUAUGUGUGUGAGUGUGACCCUGAGUUCUGUGAGUUAGACCUGCCCACAUGCAGAGAAGACCAAACCCUCAUUGCCACAAAGACUGAGGGGAGUUGCUGUCUUGCCCACAUCUGCAUGUGUGGUGCUUGCACAGAGAUCAUUCCAGAAUGCCAGGAUGGAGAGGUGCUUACGGUGGAUGCCAACAGCACAGACCGCUGCUGCCCCAUAUACCACUGUGUGUGUGAGCCGUACCGUUGCCCUGACACCACAUGUCCUCUGGGGAUGUCCCCUGUUAUAGUCUCCAGUCCAAAUCAGUGCUGUCCCAUGCAUACAUGCGAGUGUGCCUGUGACAAAAUCUUGAGGCCAAAAUGUGUUAUGGGAGAAACCAUGCAGCUUGAUAGGGCAUUCCAAACUGACCCAGUCAACCAAUGUGCCUGCAAGAGAUACAACUGUGUGCGCGAGGCAGUGUGUGUGGACGGGGAGCGGGGUGUGAUGCGACCGGGCCAGACCCUGGUGGAGCACAGCGAGGACGGCGUGUGUCACACCGCUCAGUGUACCCGCGGUCUGGACACCAGCACAGGCUACCACCGCAUCCGAACCACCAGCACCAACUGCUCCGCACUGUGCCAACUGAAUCAAAUAUAUAUCCCUCCUAAAGACCAGACAACAUGUUGUGGUGUGUGCAAGAACAUUUCUUGCCUGUACCAAAAUGAGAAUGGUACCUCAGUACUCUAUAAGCCUGGGAAAUCCUGGGUGUCCAACUGUGUGAAACACGACUGUACUGACACCCUGUCAGGCCCCACCCUGGUGACCUACUCCUACAGCUGCCCCCCCUUCAACGAGACAGAGUGCAUGAAGAUUGGUGGAACCAUUGUAAGUUACAUGGAUGGCUGUUGCAAGACAUGUAAAGAGGAUGGAAAAUCAUGCCAGAAGGUGACAGUGAGGAUGACAAUUAGGAAGAAUGACUGUCGCAGUAACAGACCGGUAAACAUUGUGUCAUGUGAUGGCAAGUGUCCCUCGGCCAGUAUCUACAACUACAACAUCAACACGUAUGCACGCUUUUGCAAGUGCUGUCGUGAGAUGGGCCUCCAGCGGCGCUCCGUGCAGCUCUACUGCAACGGCAACUCCACCUGGGUCAGCUACUCCAUCCAGGAGCCCACUGACUGCUCCUGCCAGUGGUCUUAAUGUCUACACACACACACACACAAACA